UCUGAGCUGGUGUGUAAACGAUUCCAGAUGAAGCGGGUCUUCCUCCUUUUCCUGCAAGAGGAGCGACUUCCUCAAAACUUCUGCGUAUAAAGAGGUCGUCCACUAACCCAGUUUCAAACCAGCAUCCAUCUUUUGUUCUGAACUUCUGGAAAUCGUCCAGGGCACAAUGUUUGCGUUUGGUGGGAUCACUCUGCUCGUAGUGGUGUGGUGUGGACUGGCUCACACUCUGGAGAACCUCACACUGGAUGAGGCAUGGGAGAGCUGGAAACUCACCCACAGGAGGGAGUACAACGGCCUGGAUGAAGAGUCUAUUCGACGGACGAUUUGGGAAAAGAACAUGCUGUUUAUUGAAGCCCAUAACAAAGAGUAUGAGCUAGGGAUUCAUACCUAUAAUCUGGGCAUGAACCAUUUUGGAGAUAUGACUCUAGAGGAAGUGGCCGAGAAAGUCAUGGGACUUCAGAUGCCCAUGUACCGGGAUCCAGCUAACAGAUAUUUGCCUGACAACACAGUGGAGAAGUUGCCCAAAUCGAUUGACUACCGUAAACUGGGAUACGUCACUUCUGUCAAGAACCAAGGUUCAUGCGGCUCAUGCUGGGCCUUUAGCUCUGUUGGGGCUUUGGAAGGUCAGCUGAAGAAGACCAAAGGUCAGCUGGUGGACCUCAGUCCUCAGAACCUGGUGGACUGUGUGACUGACAAUGACGGCUGUGGCGGAGGAUAUAUGACAAAUGCCUUCAAAUACGUCAGUCAGAAUAAUGGCAUCGAUUCAGAGGAGAGCUACCCCUAUGUUGGAACAGACCAGCAGUGUGCCUACAACAGCUCAGGGAGAGCAGCCACUUGUAAAAAGUAUAAAGAAAUUCCUGAGGGUAAUGAGAAGGCACUGACUUCUGCCGUGGCAAAGGUGGGACCUGUGUCAGUGGGUAUAGAUGCCAUGCAGUCCACCUUCCUCUACUACAAAAGCGGUGUGUACUAUGAUCCCAACUGCAACAAGGAUGAUGUCAACCAUGCAGUUCUAGCUGUUGGCUACGGAGUCACACCAAAAGGCAAAAAAUACUGGAUUGUGAAGAACAGUUGGGGUGAAGAUUGGGGGAAGAAGGGAUACGUCCUGAUGGCUCGUAACCGUAACAAUGCAUGCGGCAUUGCCAGCCUGGCCAGUUUUCCAGUCAUGUGAGAACUGGGACCAAACUUGUCUGCUGCUGACAAAAAGGGACUUGAUCACUAUCAGUGUGCUCCAACAUUGACCGGGGGAAACAUUUUUUAAAAGAUGCAGUUGAUUUGAAAACCCCAAGUUUAAGUGUAUUUUUUCUUGUGUCUUAAAUAUCUUGUUUUUAACCCUAUCGGUGCAGUUGAAACUGUUUUGUGCAAUAUUUGAAAUUCAUAAGGGAAAUUUUGAUAUUGUGUAUACAGUCUGUUAAAGUUUUUUUUUCAGUUCCCCUGGUGGGAUAUGAUUUUUGAAACAUUUGUUUUAUUAUGUUUUAAAAUGUUAAUAAACUGUUUUUGAGUAUAUCAUA